CUUUCCUAAAGGAGAAAGAAUGGAGGAGUGAGAAAAUAUCUGCUUAACAUCUCCAAUAACUAAUCAUGUCCUUAUAUAUACACAUUAUAAUAAUACAUAUAUAUAAUAUUGAUGGAGGCACCUUUCUCCUUAUUAUAUGCUACUUACUUCUAGUAGUUCUUGUUUCUUUUCUAGCCAAUCAAUAUUAGUACAACAACACUGCUCUUUCAAUAUUCACCCUCCUUCUUCUUCCUCUCCAAAUCCAAACCCUUCAUAUAAUAAGAUAUAUAUUAUUUGAGAUUAUUAAUGCAUAGUAGGAUCGGGAGUGGGAGUGGGAGUGAUAAAGAUCAUCAAAGGAGCAAGGAAGUGAAGGGUGAGGAGGUGGAGCUGGAUCCGGUGGCUCCUCACCCAAUGGAGGGACUUCAUGAGGUGGGUCCACCGCCGUUUCUGACCAAGACCUAUGAAAUCGUAGAAGACCCGGCAACUAACGACGUCGUUUCAUGGAGUAGAGGCAACAACAGUUUUGUGGUUUGGGACCCUCAGAACUUCGCCAUCACUCUUCUCCCCAAAUAUUUCAAGCACAACAAUUUCUCUAGUUUCGUCAGGCAGCUCAAUACUUAUGGAUUUAAGAAAGUUGAUCCAGAUAGAUGGGAGUUUGCAAAUGAAGGUUUUCUAAGAGGACAAAAGCAUCUUCUAAAGAAGAUUAGAAGAAGGAAAGGAGCUCAUCAAGUACCACCACCUCAUCAAUACUCACAUCAACCAGCUUCUUCUUCAUCUUCUUCUUGUUCUAAUUUGGACCCUCCUUGUGUUGAAGUUGGAAGAUUUGGUUUGGAUGGUGAAGUGGAUCGAUUAAAGCGUGACAAACAGGUGUUAAUGGUGGAACUUGUCAAACUUAGACAACAACAACAAAACACUAAGACUUAUCUUCAAACAAUGGAAGACAGACUGAAGAGGACUGAGCGUAAACAACAACAAAUGGUGAGUUUCUUGGCCAAAGCAAUGAAGAAUCCUGAAUUUGUACAACAGUUGAUUCAACACAAGGACAAGAGAAAGAAGCUCGAGGAGGCGAUUCGAACUAAAAGAAGGCGCCAUAUUGCCAUGGAACAAGGCCACCAAGUACAGCUUGAUGAUCAUGAUUAUAUAGCUAAAAGUGGAAUUUUUGUGAAAAUGGAACCACGCCAUGAUGAAGAUUAUAGCAUCAAUAACAAUAUCAUGUUGUCAGCUGAUGAGUCUUUUGAAGUUGUUGAGGAUGAUCAGUUGGGUGAUGAUGAUCAUCAUGAUGAGCUUGCUAUUGACAUGAUGACUACUAGUACUACUGCUGCUGCUGAUGAUGGGGUUAUAAGUUUUCAAAACAUGGUAAUUGAUGAUAGUACUAGUAAUGAUCAGAUUGAUGAGUUACAAGGAAUAAGCAGUAGUGCUGAUCAUGAUCAUAAUAAUAAAGAGCUGUUAAUUGAUGAAGGUUUUUGGAUAAAUUUAUUGAAUGAGAGCAUGGAAGAAGCAGGGAAUAUAAAUGAUAAUGUUUUGAGUGUAGAAGAAGAUGAGGAAGAUGUAGAUGUGUUGGUUGAGCAGCUUGGUAAUUACUUGGCCUCUAGCCCAAAGUAAUUAAACAAAUAGUAUUAACCAGUAACCAAUCAUCAUCGAUAUCAUGGCUAGCUAGUAGCUUAGUUUUCAUUUGAGAAAUGUUAAAGGGUACUCUCUUAUGUGUUAAUAUAGCUAUUGGUUUAACUAAGUAUAGGGUCCUAUAUAAUUUAAUAUAAUAGUUUUUAGGGAGUAUCGCUAGCCAAUCGCAACGCGACAUAUCGAGAAGGUGCUAGACAGCACUGAUGCCUAAUAACAAUGCUCUAUUAUCAUUUCAUAACAUUGAUAUGGGAACUUAAUUUUUAUAU